CAAACAUUCAAUGAGUUUGGAAUCUCGUCGUUGAUCGCCGCCGCCAUCAUGUAUGACUUCUGCUUAACGCUUCCCUAUGGUGCAGCCAUCGCCGUUGGUGGCAUCGUGGGCUAUGUGAACUCUGGUAGCUCGGCUUCGCUAACUGCCGGAGUCGGUGCGGGCACCCUCCUCCUCGUUUUCGGGUAUGCCUCGUACCAAGAGUUCCAAUCGAGCCCUAUCGUGUCCAAGACAUGGUCCGCGCUCUCCCUCGGCGUGUCGGCCGUGUUGAGCGUCGUCAUGGGGCUGCGUUACAAGGAAACGCAGAACUUCGUCCCGGCUGGCUUGAUCGCUAGCACGAGCAUUGGCAUGUCGCUCUUCUACGUCUCGAUUCUUCUCAAGAACAAUAAGCCCAACUACAAGAAGAACUAGACAUGAUCAUGCCCCCCCACCCGAGAGGAUUCCAUCCUAAUCCACGUCAUCCCUUGCACAAUUAAACUUCGCAAGCAUGCUGGUUCAUAUUCCUUGCCCUCUCGAUUUCCUCGCCGAAUUGCAACGAUGCUCGACCAGGAGCGUCCAGCACGCGAUGUUUGCUGGUCAUUGACAAGUCACAUGAAGCCCACUACAUGCGACGCAGCCGUGGUGUCAAGUUGAGCGUUUUCUUGGCCGAGUAGUUGGCCCGAUACUGAAUGGCAUAGUCGACGACUUCUCGCAACGAUUUGAGCAACCAGUCGCGCUGCAGGACGUUCUUGAGCUUGAGGUCGAGCGUGCGGUCGUCCGUGACCAAGCUGAGGAAGCAAUCAGCGUCCAAAGAUGGCGUUUUCUUGGCGGCUUUCUUCAGCACGGCCGUUUCCAUCCCGAUGUGGAUGGCUUUGACUCCAUGAAGGGGAAGAUAUGCAUUGC